AGUGCCUGGCUUCUCUAGCUGUCGUCGAAUCCCCUCCUCCAACGCUGUUUCUCUCACACCAAUGCACGAUUUUACUCGAUUUCUUUUGUCACUCAACCAAGCACGUAUUGCUGUCUCUUGUCCAUCAGUUGAAGAGCUUUGCGGCUCCAUUGUUGAAGACCCUGAGCCUCCAUUAUCACUGGGUGAAAUCCUUUUUCGUUUACAGUGCAAAAAUCGUUGAAGUGGGAUUUGACCAGCAUAUAACGCAUUAGAACCGUGCUCUUUUUUUUUUUUUUGUACAUAGGAUUAGGAUUUCCCUCUUGGUUAUUUAAUUGAAGUAAGCAAGGCAAGAGCAAAUCAUCUGUGGUGCAAGUUGCAGUUGUGAGUUGUGCUGAUCGGAUGCUGUGAAAUUAUGCAAGAACUGAAAUCUCGGAUUUUGUCUUGAUUCUUUAAGCUCUGUGUGAGAAUAACAUUGAUCAGAAUCCAAUAAAAGCAGAGGAAGUAGAGAAUAAUAAGGGAUUGGUGUCAGAAUGCCAGAGGUCAGGAUCAUUGCAAAAAAUUUUAUGGACAUGGUCGCUUCUAUGCCUGCCAUGAAGCUGGAUAAACUCUAUGAAAAUGGGUUCAUCUGUGAAGCUAUUCUCAGGUCUCUACCACCUCUGGCCAAAAAAUAUGUCUUGCAAAUGCUUUACAUUGAUGCUCAGGUGACAGCUAAAUCAAUGGAGGAGUGGGUGCUCCCGGAUGGAACUUCAAAACAUAGAGUAGCAAUAGAUAGAUUGGUUCAACUGAGAGUUUUUAUUGAAACUGUUGAUAGGAAGAGUGAAAAGAAUUACAAACUCAAUGCAACAUUUCAGAGAAGUCUCCAGAAUCUCUUAAUAAAUGGUGGAACUUUGCCACGGGAACCAAUGCCUUCUAAUAUAACUGUGAGGCUCCCAACCUUAGAAGAUCUUGAGGCUUAUGCCCUAGAACAAUGGGAGUGUUUCUUGUUGCAACUUAUAAGCUCAAAUCAAGUUGAAAGGCCUUCAAACAUCAGCUCUUCUUUAAUGAAACUUUUCCAGCGGCAUCUUAUGAGACAAAGAGAUAAAGAAGCUCCCAGAUUAACUGAAAGUGGAUUUCAAUUUUUGCUUAUGGAUACAAAUGCACAGCUUUGGUACAUCAUCAGAGAAUAUAUAUCUAAUUCUGAGGCACGAGGUGUUGAUGCUGCUGAAUUGAUUUCUUUUUUGCUGGAGCUUAGUUUUCAUGUAAUAGGCGAGGCAUAUAAUAUAAACACACUGACUGAUUUCCAAAGGAACAUAAUCAAGGACCUUGCAGAUCUGGGAUUAGUCAAACUACAGCAGGGCAGGAAAGAAAGUUGGUUUAUACCUACUAAAUUGGCUACCAAUCUUUCAGUGAGCUUGGCUGAUUCAUCAUCUAGAAAGCAGGGCUUUGUGGUGGUAGAAACCAAUUUCCGAGUUUAUGCUUACUCAACUUCAAAAUUGCACUGUGAAAUAUUACGGCUUUUCUCAAGUGUAGAGUAUCAGCUUCCAAAUCUUAUUGUUGGAGCUAUUACAAAAGAAAGCUUGUAUAAUGCUUUUGAAAAUGGAAUUACUGCAGAGCAGAUAAUCAGUUUCCUUCAGCAGAAUGCUCAUCCAAGAGUUGCAGAGAGAAUACCAACUGUACCAGAAAAUGUCACCGAUCAGAUUAGGCUUUGGGAAUCUGAUCUGAACAGAGUUGAGAUGACUGAAGCAUAUUACUACGAUGAGUUCCCUUCAAGGGAUGUAUUUGAAGGUGCCUGUGACUGUGCCCGAGAAUGGAACGGUUUGUUGUGGGAAGAUUCAAAGAAGAUGCACAUGGUGGUCAAAAUGGAGGUGCAUCCUUAUGUCCGUGAUUAUUUACGCCGUCAAAAGUAAUGACCAAGAUCAUCCGAGGCUUUCGACAAGAUACAGAGGUAAAGAAGCAGAGGUUGAUGUAAAGAAUGGGAUACAGAUGGAAAAUGUAUAUUAUCUGGGACAAGAGGAAUGAGAUGACACCCCUGGGAAGGGAAAAAUUGACCAUAAGCCUUCCCCCCCCCCCCCCCCCCGGAAUGCGUUUGCUAAAUAUCAACGGUGGUGGUGGAAUAUUAGGUCAUUUUUAAGAUUGUACGAUAGCAUGAACUUCAUAUUGUGUUCCAUCGUUGUUUGAACAAAAUUACGUCUAAUUCAGUAGAUGUAUGCAACCAAAUUAUAUAUGCGUUGGCUUUUAUUUUUGUUUUU